AUGUCUCAACACUCUGAUGAUGACGAUGGCUUCGUUGGUGACUUGUUUGGCGCCGAAUCAGAGGAAGAAACACCUCAAGUUGAACCCACAUUUGAAUAUUACACAAGAGAGAAUGUAAAAGAUGACAGCCCUAAGGAAUUGAAAAUCAAACUAGUGGGAUCACAUCCUCUGUGGGCGCAUCAUUUGUGGAAUGCAUCCAAAGUAUUUGCUUCGCUUUUCGACACACAUCCUCGCCUUGUGCAAGGCAAAACCAUCUUAGAACUAGGUGCUGGUGGUGCACUCCCAAGUCUCGUUGCAGCACUUAAUGGAGCAGCUAAAGUUGUUGUCACCGAUUACCCAGAUACCGAGUUGAUUGACAAUAUCCAGUACAAUGUGGAUCACAACACACCUAAUUUACCUGUCAUUGUGGAGGGCUAUGUGUGGGGCACAUCUACCGACAGUUUGCGCUCUCAUCUACCACCAGCUGCAAAACAAACAUACGACGUUUUGAUAUUGAGCGAUCUAGUAUUCAACCACUCUCAGCAUCAUGCCAUGCUCAAGACAUGUCGUGAACUGUUGACACCAAAGACGGGCCGUGUGUAUGUCUUUUAUACUCAUCAUAGACCUCAUUUAGCUCACCGUGAUUUACAAUUCUUUGAAAUUGCUCAACGUCCAGUGCGUGAAGAUGUGGAUGAAGAGGACAGAGAAUCGCUAGGCUAUGGCUUCAAAGUGGAUCAUUUCAUGACGCAGAAAAUGGGUGUCAUGUUUGAGGAGGAUCCUGGAGAUGAAGAAGUUCGUGCUACUGUUCAUGGAUGGCAAAUGUGGCUGGAAUAA